CCUUCCCCUUCCUCGUCGGCCAUCCUGAAAGCUCGAUUGCUUCCCAUUUGACGAAGACCCAUUUCUCCAAUUUCCCCUUUUCAACUUUCUCCUCCUCUCUUCACACCACCCCCCAAUUCUCCCAUGGAAUUCUGUUCUCAGAUCCAUGGAAAACCCCACCUUCCUUCCUCUGUAAUGUGUCUCUUUCUCGCUUCACUUUUCUAGAUUUGACUUCCAGAUCCAUGUGCUAGCGUCCCCAAUCGGAGCUCCAAUCGACGAGUUUCAAAAAUCUCCGCCCUCCAUCGAGACCGACAGCCGAAAUGAAAGGUUCGAGUCGUUUUUUCACGAUCGGGCUUGUCAUUUCCUGGUACUCGUCCAACAUUGGCGUUCUUUUGUUGAACAAGUAUUUGCUUAGCAACUAUGGCUUCAAGUACCCGAUCUUCUUGACUAUGUGCCACAUGACUGCUUGCUCUUUGCUUAGCUAUGUUGCGAUUGCUUGGUUGAAGAUGGUUCCGAUGCAGACUAUUCGAUCUCGGAUCCAAUUUAUGAAGAUUUCGGCUCUUAGCUUUGUGUUUUGUAUUUCUGUUGUCUUUGGCAACAUUUCUCUUAGAUAUCUGCCAGUCUCGUUCAAUCAGGCUGUUGGGGCUACCACGCCUUUCUUUACGGCGGUUUUUGCUUACCUCAUGACGAUGAAGAGGGAAGCUUGGCUCACUUAUGUUACUCUCAUCCCUGUUGUUACUGGCGUCAUUAUUGCUAGUGGGGGUGAACCAAGUUUCCAUCUGUUUGGAUUUAUAAUAUGUAUCGCAGCUACGGCUGCAAGGGCACUCAAAUCAGUACUGCAAGGAAUUUUGCUUUCUUCUGAAGGAGAGAAGCUGAAUUCCAUGAAUCUUCUUCUGUAUAUGGCUCCUAUAGCCGUUGUGUUUCUGCUGCCUGCAGCACUUUUCAUGGAAGAAAAUGUGGUCGGUAUCACUCUGGCUCUUGCUCGAGAAGAUAAAAAGAUCAUCUGGUAUCUGCUAUUCAACUCUGCACUUGCGUACUUUGUAAAUCUAACCAACUUUUUGGUUACCAAACACACCAGUGCCUUGACACUUCAGGUUCUUGGAAAUGCUAAGGGGGCUGUUGCUGUGGUGAUCUCAAUUUUAAUUUUUAGAAAUCCGGUGUCAGUUACAGGAAUGCUUGGUUACUUACUCACAGUUAUUGGAGUUAUCCUCUACAGCGAAUCCAAGAAAAGAAGCAAAUGAGAAUAAUGCAAACUGAAGUGCAUUUUCUCACUCGUUUUUUGCACGGUGGCAGGCAGUAGCCUCAAUACCGGAGGCAGUGGGUGUAGAUCGGCCUGUUAUAACUGCUCUUGACUAUAUAGCCUCCAAAUUCUUUUUUCCCCUGAAAGCUUAUUAGCUUAGGCAUUGGUUUAUAUCUGUAUCAUCCUCACAAGAUCUGUCACAAAAUAGAGAAUUUAAUAAGGAAGAAUUAUGGGACAAGGCUUUACUUCUUUAGAAAGGAUUAAUAGAACUGAUUAUUUACA